AGAAAUCCGAGCGUCCGAUUCAGCGACGGAAAUUUGGGUAAUUAUUUAAACGUGUUAAAACUACGACGAUCACAUCACUUCCAUUUCUACCUGUAAACGGCUGGAUAUGGAGACAAGUAAGGACACAAGUGAGCCUGAAACUGUCAGCACACAGAGCCUGUUUGCCACACUCGGCCUGGCACCAGAGGAUGUGGAUGCUCUUGCACAGAUUCCAGAGAGUGAGAUCAGUGUGGAGAAGCUCCCUUAUCUCAUUAUGCAACUUAAGGCGAAACGCACCAACAAGAUGACAUCCACGAAAGAUACGGACUACAGAGACAAGUCUAAGUCUGCACAGGACAAGCCAGAUACACCUGAGAAAUCAACCGCUGACAGGUGCAAAAGCCCGCUAUUGCCUAGGUCAAAACGGCGCUCUGGCAGCCAUGACCAUGAGCAUCAUGCAAAAGGGGAGGGGCAUCGAAAGGUUGAGUGGCCUACAGGAGGAAGAAGGGACUCGAGAUACAGAAAGUCAUCCCGGGAAAGUGGGGAUGAUGUGGACGUGGAGCUGGCCGACAACCCCACAGUUUUUCCACAUGAAUGCGCACUCUGCAAGUGUGUGGUGAAUUCUAUAAAGACAUGGAAAGACCAUAUUUUAGGUACCCGCCAUCAAUCACACGAGUUGCGCUCUUCUCACCGAAGUUCCCGGUCCUCUCUACCCCCUAAAAGACCCUACAGCUCUGACCCUGUCACAGGAGAACAGUCCAUGUCAACCACACCAGACUUCCUACACACUCCUAAGUCCAAUAUGAGAGUGGUAGUUGCCAAGUUUCCUAGGGGCUCUGUGACUGUGGAGGAACUUUUAGAGCUCGGAAAGCCAUUUGGCACAAUUGUGAAAAACCUUGUGCUGCUUGGAAAGGGUUUUUUGGAGUUUAGUUCUCACAAAGAGGCUCAAAAUAUGGUAAGUCACUACAAGUUGAAACCAGCCUUCGUGAAGGAAAACCUAGUCGUCCUGUAUUUAUCACUAUCAGCAGAGAGCAUUCCUUCACAAUCCAUGUUUAGUGAGCCUUUGCAAAAACGAGCAAAACGUUCAAGCACGCCUUCAGUAGUUUGCUUUUCACGUUUGCCAGCUGGAGAGGGCAUUGAGGCUGAGGUCCUUGAGCUUGCAGGCAUGUUCGGUGAGGUCCAGCAGUCAGAGUUCACAAACAGUAAGGCUUUGAUUGAAAUGGUUGACUGGCGAGAUGCAGACAUCAUGGUGAAGUAUUACUACAGUAACCCUCUAAGGAUUCAGGGCAAAGGUGUCAAAGUUUCCAUGACCAACAUCACAAGCCUGCGAGAGAACAGUCCUGACCCUCUGUCCAGAAAAUCGGACUUAAGCAAAAACAGCAGACAGAGAGAGGAGUCGUCCUCUAGCAACAAGAACAAAAGUGACAGCUGUAGCCAGGAAACCACAUCCGUCCAUGUUGACAAAGAAGAUGAGGCAAUGGAAAGUGAGAAGCAGAAGAUGCUUGAUGAGGAAGGAAUUCAGAUGGAGGACAAACCUGGACCGCUUGAUAAUAGUACCAGUGACAUUCCGACUUGUAAAGAGGAGGGAGAAAAGAAGGAAGAUGAGAAAAGGAUGGAAGAGGAGGAGCCCUCUGCGAAGGAGAAUAGAGAGAGACUUUCAGAAGAGACUUUGGAGGAACAGGAAGGUAUGGAUGAUGGAGAAUUCCCAGAGAACCUUGAAGAUUUUGUUACAUUAGAUGAACUGGACAACACUGCAGGGGCCGAUUCAGCUUUAGAUUCUUCUGAGACACAGGAUGGUAAAGUAUUGGUGGUGUGGCCUGUCAAGAAGACUCCAGACUUGGAGCUGGCUCUGAGCAUUCUGUGUGCACCCUUCAGCAGAUUGGUGAAGCAUUCUUUAUCCUUGUACAAAAAAGAGGCUAAGGUAGAACUGGAAACGGCUGAAAAAGCCCAAGAAAUGCUGAGGUUCUACAAAGAUCAUGAGGCAACAGUCUGUAGACGUCCUGUGUCUGUUUCUAUGUGCCGUACCAUGAAAACAAUAGAGAGCCCUAGUGGGAGAUCUGUUUUCAUCAGAGGUUUUCCCACCCAAAAGUAUAGAUGGAAGACGCCAGCAGCAUACGGAGCCCUUUUUAAUCUGGCUAAGCCCUUUGGAGAACUGACUGGCUACUUUCUAAACAAGCAACAGGGAACUUGCUACAUGCAAUUCGACAGUACGGAGGCAGCUGAAAAAAUGGUCACCCGACACAUUCACUGGCCUCGCAAAUUUUGGGGUCUGAUGCUGAAGGUAUCGAUGUGCAUGAAAGGAGACUCGCUGAUUAACUGGAAACACCCUAAGGACCACAAUGAGGAGAAAGAAUUAAAUAAGGAGUCAAAAAAACCUAAGAGCCCCAAAAGAACAGAAAAGGACCAGAACCACCACAGCUCAUUACCAGAUUUUGAAGGUGUGUGUGGGGAUCCAGUUUGUGAAAGACAAGAUUCAGAAGCUACUGAUGAUCAGGACAAAACCCCUCUGGGCCCUUACCAACCUGACCACAGUGUGGGUGUGAAAUAUGUCAUCCCAGUAACUGGCUUCUUUUGCAAGCUGUGUAACAUAUUUUACAGCAAUGAGAAGAGAGCGAAAUCAGAACACUGCUGCAGCCUUGAACACUACAACAACACAAAGAAGAAACAUGGUGAAGUGGUGGAGGACACUGAUGGACACCCAGAUGGUUGAGUGAAUGAAACAUGAACAUGAGGAAGACAAAAACAUUGUACCUUUGACUCAUUCAUUUAAAUUUUUUCUUUUCAGUUACCUUUCAGUUAGUUUAAUAAUUUUGCUGUUCAAAUGUUUUGUUUUUUUAAAGUGACAUGAGAAUGAGAGAGACACGUGUGUGGACAAACUUGUAAAGUUGUUGUAAUGGUUUGGAUGUGUACCAGUAAAAAUAAUUAAAUAUUAGCUGAAUGGCAGCGUUACAGUAAGCUCUUGAAAUAAAUUCAAUUUUGUUUAAAAAUGA